AUGCGGAUUCGCAGAAAUUUUUUGUGUUGUGUUGAGAAGUCGAGCGACGAUCGUGGUUUUCGAGUGCGCACACAGGGAAGUUACGGAAAUAUGUCACUGGUCGAUGGCGAUAAAGAACUGUCCGACCUGUUGGAUUAUAGCGCGAUGCUGAUUUCGUCGAAUCCGGCCGCCGUUGCAGCCUCAACAACUCAGGUUUCUUCGGCCAGCGAAAACGGUACGUCAUCGGGUCUCAUUUCGAGUCUCGGUCGAAUUCGAAUGUAUACAGUAAAGUUUGUUUUUGUUCUGUCUGACUCUGUGUGUAUGUAUUUUUUGGCGUUUGCUUUCGAAAUUUCCGUGCAACCGAUUGUCACUGUGCUGCUGCAGGGGCUGCAUGUUCUGUUCUUUCCUGUGGUCACUGACGUCUGA